AUGGAACAGGAUGUGGAGCAGGGUGAUGCGCAGCUGCAGACGGAAGCGAACCAUCAACGGCAGUUGCGGGAUCCUUUUGAGCAUGAGGCGAGGCACGACCAUGCUGCUGAAAGAGCACCAGCUGGUGGACGACGAGCUAGCGCAAUACAAAAGCGACAAAGUCCAGUGCCAGUUGUGACAGAUAUCUCGAUGGAUAUGGGAUCGAGAAACAGUCAUAGAAGCGCUCUUAAUGAGAACGAAAUAGCUCAUCGGCUCGCCUGCUUAGAGGAACGAGUUUCGGAAUUAUGCAUAGAAAACGAGAAUUUGACCCGGAUCAAUGAUGAAUUGAGCGGAAUUUUGGUGGAAAUGACCAACAAGUUCAAGAACGAUAUCGAUUCGCUUAGGGACCAAUUAGCUUCCAUAGGGGUGCCACAUCGUCCAAAUCCUUGCAACUUGCGUGUUGCCCGAGAGAUGAGCGAUGGGUGCUAUGAGAUUGUCUGGGACCUGCCGUUAGUACGAGGCUAUAAAGUGCUCACGAAUGGCGUAGAGAGUGGUAUUGUACGAGCGCCAAAUAAUGCUGCCAGAAUAUCUGACGUAGAACCGGGAAUGGAACUUAGUGUACAACUACAAGCGAUCCACUUCGACGGAACGUUAGGAGAACCAUCUAGUCCACUAAUUAUUCGCAGAAAUGAACAAUAA